CUGACACGUUGGCACAUGGGGCGGUCCCGACACAUCGUAGCCGUUAAACCCGCCGUGCUGACGCCGACACCUCUCCAGCCAGCCCUUAUAGACUUUCCACCUCAUCUAAGCAAGUCCCCCCCCCCCGGCCGCCCCCUCCCUUUCUUCGAACUCUACCGAAGCACCCUAGGAUUUCCCCGAGCAGCCGCACCGGCCGCGUCUCGUCUUUCUCUUGACUCGAUACGGCCUCUCUCUCGUCCUUUUCGUCUCUCUCGAACCAGCGCUGUGCCGCAGUUUGAGACGCACCUACGCCCCCCCAUCGACGUCUAUACGCGCACCCGGACCCCAACACAGGCGCACAGGUGCAUAUCGUACCUACACCACAGGAAGCCAUGGUCUUGAAAGGGGCGCUCUUCGCGCUGGCCUUUGCCGCACUUGUGCCCGUCCUCUACGAUUGGGCCCGUCUGCUGGUGCUGUUCUACAAGAACGCACCCGGGCGCAUGGCGCCGGUCAACAAUCUCGGCGAGUACGAGGUCAAGUUCACAGAGAUCAUCCGCAGCUGCGAGGAUGCCCUCCUCGUCGAGAGCGCCGGCUUGGCUAUUCUCGCCUGCGACCCGGGGCGAGAGAAGUGGAAUACGGUGAUGGGCAUCUUCCUGCCGGGGCCCGUCGCCGACGCGGGGCUCUACGCCUACGACUACGCGAACGCGAGCGCGGUGGACGCGGACGCGCUCCGGCAGAUCGAGAUCCGGGGCUUCGAGCGCGGCGCCGACUUCCACACGCUGGGCAUCGCGUACGACGAGGCGACGGGGACGCUGUUCGCGGCGAACCACCGGCGGGGCGGCGGGGGCGGCGCCGCGGUCGAGGCGUUCGCGCUCGACCUGGGCGCGCUAACGGCCACGCACGCGCGCACGAUCCGGCACCCGCUGCUGCACGCGCCCAACGCGAUCGCCGUGGCCGGCGGCGGCGAGCUGCUCGUCACCAACGACCACGGCUUCGCGGCGCGGCGCUGGCCGCGGCUCGCCGCGCUCGAGACGUACCUCGGCCUGCCGCUCGGCACCGUGGUGCACGUGGACCUGGGGGCGCCGGGCGGCGGCGUGCGCGCGCGCGUGCUCGCGCGGCUCGCCUUCGCCAACGGCGUCGCGCUGCUCGACGCGCGCACCGUCGCCGUCGCCUCCACCAGCGCCGCCGCCGUCCAGCUCUACGACUUCGCCCCGCGCCCGCCCGCCCUCGCCCCCCGCGCCCGCCUCCGCCUCCCCUUCCUCCCCGACAACCUGCACGUCGCGCGCGACGGCGCGCUGCUCGUCGCCGGCCACCCGCACCCGCCGGCCCUGAGCCGGUUCGCGCGCAGCCGCGACGCGUGCAACGGCGGCGGCGACGGCGGGCGCUGCGACGCCGACGCCGCGCCCGCGCCGUCGUGGGUCUCGCGCUGGACCGAGGCCCGCGGCCUCGAGCACGUCUACGCCGGCUCCGAGUACCCGACCAGCUCCACCGCCCUGUUCGACGCGGAGCGCCGUGUGGGCAUAGUCACGGGCCUGCGCGCGGCGACGAUUGCGGGUGGUGAUUUCGCGUCGAAGGAUGGCUAUAGAAGGCGAUGGGAUAGCUCGAAUAACGAAUAA